ACCGCAGCUCCGGUCCCAUCCACACCGCCUCCGUCCACUUCCAUCUCCCCACUUUUUUUUUUUGAUCUCCUAAAAUUUUUUCGCCUGUUUAUUUUGCCGGGUUGCAGAAAUGUCCGCCCGGCCGGGAUUUUACCGACAGGAGCUGAACAAGACGGUGUGGGAGGUUCCCGAGCGGUACCAGAACCUGACUCCGGUGGGCUCCGGGGCCUACGGCUCGGUGUGCUCGGCCUACGAUGUGCGGCUGCGGCAGAAGGUUGCGGUGAAGAAGCUCUCCAGGCCUUUCCAGUCUCUGAUCCACAGCCGCCGCUCGUACCGGGAACUCAGGCUGCUCAAGCACAUGAAACACGAGAACGUGAUUGGACUGCUGGAUGUCUUCACGCCCGCCGCCACGUUAGAGGACUUCAAUGAAGUCUACCUGGUGACCAACCUGAUGGGCGCAGACCUCAACAACAUCGUCAAAUUUCAGCGGCUGUCCGACGAACACGUGCAGUUCCUCAUUUACCAGCUGCUCCGCGGCCUCAAGUACAUCCAUUCAGCCGGACUGAUCCACAGAGACCUCAAGCCCAGUAACGUGGCCGUGAACGAGGACUGUGAGCUCAGGAUCCUGGACUUCGGUCUGGCCCGGCAGACGGACGACGAGAUGACAGGAUACGUGGCGACUCGCUGGUACCGAGCGCCCGAGAUCAUGCUGAACUGGAUGCACUACAACCAGAACGUUGAUAUCUGGUCGGUGGGAUGCAUCAUGGGAGAGCUGCUGAAGGGAAAAGUCCUCUUUCCCGGCAAUGACUAUAUCGACCAGCUGAAAAGAAUCAUGGAGGUGGUUGGGACUCCCACACCCGAGCUCCUGCAGAAGAUUUCCUCCGAACAUGCUCAGAAGUACAUCCAGUCUCUGCCCUUCAUGCCUCAGCAGGACCUGGAAAAGAUCUUCAGAGGAGCAAAUCCACUGGCGGUGGACCUGCUGAAGCGGAUGCUGGUGCUGGACUGUGACGGCAGGAUCUCGGCCAGCGAGGCCCUCUCUCACCCGUACUUCUCCCAGUACCACGACCCCGACGACGAGCCCGAGGCGCCGCCGUACGACCAAACCCUGGAGAGCAAAGACCGCACGCUGGAGGAGUGGAAGGAGUUGGUGUUUGAGGAGGUGAACAGCUUCAAAGCGCCGGUGAGCAAGACGGACAGCCUGCAGGUGGAGCAGUAAGGCUGCGUCGGCUCCGCCCCGCCGUCCACCCGGAGACGGACCGCGAGGGUGCAGGACAGGACCCGAGAGGAAAACCGAAAAUUUCACCGAAGACAGCUCUGCAUUCCCUGGGCGUGACGCCUUUCCCCACCCACCCGGCUCGGUGUGACUGUGUGCGUUUGUGUGGUCGCCCGUCAUGGGUUUCUCAGAGCGACGGGGGCGGGGCGGUCAGCCGGGGGGCGGGUCAGGCGCACACGUCACCAAUUACAGGGAGCGUUUUAGCACCGGUCAGAGGGAGCUCUCCGGCCCAGAAAGUUGCUCCCUCUCGUGUCUCUGCUCAGCCCGGACGGGGAAACUAACGGAGGAAGCGAUCCUGCCUCGGCCAGGUCAGGGAAGGCCGAGCAGGUGAGGGUUCACGGGACGGAGCAACUUUCCAGGACUGAGCAGUGUUUACAGACUCUGACGGAGGCGUAGCGAGGGCGAACGAGAGAGAAAAACGCACACUAGGACUUCCAAAGCUGUAGUAUAAACACAGUCUGGUCCCUCGUCCUCAUGACAGAUGCCAUAAGCAGUCACUACUGGAGCUUUUUUUUAUAUAUAUACAUAGAUAUAAACCUCAUGUUUAAAGAGCUGCAGCAACACCACGCCAUGUCACUAUUUAGCAAAACAGCUUAGCGUACUUAGCCUGCAUACUACUGCAUGAUUUUCUGUGCAUCCUAUCACACAGCAUAUUAUCAAUACCGCAUUACAGACUGCUUACUGCAUCUGCCAUGGAGGAGUAACGCCAGCUUUAUCUCUAGGGGCUCAAAGCGAGGCGUUGCCAAGAGUUUAUUUGUGACCACGUUUCAACUUGUUUUAUCUUUAUUAUUUAGGUAAAGAAAAAAAAAAUAGAGAGAGAAAUACAAACAAAAACAUGUCGUUCUUCCUCGGAUGAAAAUCGUCCUCAUCUGCUUGCAAAAUAGUAAAUGCCAGUUGUGCUAUUAUUUAGCAGGAUCAUCAACGUAUGCCAAAGCUGCGGCAGAGUCCCAGUCUGCUAAACGUCUGUGCUUGCAGUGUGACCGAGCCGCUCGUGUCUCUGCUGUCUGUCGGCAUCGCUCGCCUCUGACAACCUGUUGGCUUUGGCGGCGGUCCAGCAGGUUCCACCGCUCCGCCGCGUAACCCGAAGCCUCCGCUCGUGUUUACACUAAUUAUGAUAAUGGAUGUUUUGUCAAUUGUCAGGAACGACUCCCAGAAAGUGUUUUGACCCGCUGAAAAGCGAUGUGUUAUACGGCGGGUGGCUUCGUCCAAGCAACCUGAUCGCACCCACGUCCCACCAUGCUGAUGAUGUCCUUAACCCUCUGAAACCUGAGCAAAGUCACUGGAUUUCUUUAAAAAACAAUGACAAAUUAGCA